AUGGCAGGCGUCCGAGACACACUAAGGACAUCAAUACCGACAACACGAUCAGCACCCAGAUCCAGAUACCUGAGUACAUCGACACCUUUUCAGUCCGACGACUUUAAGUACAAUGCUCCAUGCAACCGGCCUCUAAGCGGCAUAACUAUCGUGGCAUUGGAGCAAGUCAUCUCCAUGCCACUUGCAACGCGCCACCUUGCAGAGCUGGGUGCCCGGGUGAUAAAGAUCGAACGGCCCGGCACAGGAGAUUUCGUGCGGCACCACGACAGCCGCAUCCGCGGCAAAUUGUGCAGUCAUUUUGCCUGGACGAACCGCAGCAAGGAAUCCCUGGCGCUAGACAUCAAGGACCCCCAGGACAUGGAUGUCUUGAAGACUCUGGUGUGUGAAAAGGCCGACGUUUUCGUACAGAAUCUACGACCAGGCGACGCCGAGAAGAUGGGCUUGGGCUACAAAGCGCUGAAGGAUAUGAUGAAUGAACGAAAGCCAGGUGAGAACAGAGGCGAAAAGCUCAUUUACGCUUCCAUUAGCGGGUAUGGGUCUGACGGUCCGUACGCGCACAAGAAAGCCUAUGACCUGCUCAUCCAGGCUGAGGCAGGCGUGCUGAGCAUUACCGGCACGGAAGGUGACAAUGGCAUGGCCAAAGUAGGCUGUUCGAUCGCCGACACCGCAGCGGGUAUGUAUGCGUACAGCAACAUCCUGGGUGCAAUCAUUCAGCGCCAAAACACAGGCAAGGGGUGCGAGUUGGAUAUUUCGAUGCUUGAGUCAUUGGUCGAGUGGAUGGGCUUCCCCAUGUACUAUGCCCACGAGGGCCAGUCGGGACCGAAACGUGCCGGCGCAAGUCAUGCGAGCAUUUAUCCUUACGGGCCGUUCUCCACAGGUGGGGGUGGAAAGGUCAUGCUGGGAGUGCAGAACGAGCGCGAGUGGAAGACUCUGGCCACGCAGGUCUUGGACCGAGAGGAUUUGACCGUAGAUCCGAAAUUCAGAAACACGGCGUCCAGGAGCGAGAAUCGUGACGAGCUAGAGGCUCUCAUCAGCGGGAUCUUUGCGCAGUGGGAUACGGAUGAGGUUACCAGGCGGUUGGAAGACGCGGGCAUUGCCAACGCCAAAGUCAACGACAUGCAUGGCGUUUGGGAUCAUCCGCAGCUCCAGGCCAGGCGGAGGUGGAGAGAUGUCGACAGUGAGGUAGGUCCAAUCAAGGCGUUGAUUGCACCCGGAACGACUGCAGAUGUCGAGGCGAGAAUGGACAAGAUUCCAGAGGUUGGCGAGCAUAAUGACAGCAUUCUGAGGGAGUUGGGCUUUCAAUAG